AUGAAUACACUUCUUAUGCUCAUGGCAGUAGCGCUGUGCUCUGCCGCGAAAAGUACUGUGCCCUGCCAAUGCCCGAAUAUUCAAGAUAUUAUAUUGAACGAUCCUGAUUUUGAGAAAUUUCGAGAUCCGUUCCCUUUUCUCACAAGCAGGAGCCGUUUAUACCUGGUGCCACUUGAAGAUCAAUUUGACGGCAUUGAAUGCGUAACAAGUGAACUUAAGGAAAAGCACGAUGGUAAUAGAAGAGUCGAUAGAACUGUGUUUUGGAAAGAGUCUGGAAGCUCGAAAAGAAAAAGCAAGGAGGUACCGAUGUUUAUGAUGGAUGUUCCUAUUGGGCGCUCUCCACGAUCUAACUUCACAACGUUUGCCUUCACAAAUAUUGGUAUAGUAUUUGAAACAGUCUAUACCGACAGAAGGUGUCUGAUCUUCAGAACUAUAGACGAAAAUGAUGGCAAAAGAACAGAAUGUUUUUUUUGGGUGAAGGAAUGGUUUCUUGGGAGCCCGCUGAGAGACUGCCGUUUUAUAGUCAACCUAUUUUGUGAAAAAGGCUAUGGUGUGAAAUCCCCCGAAAAAUGCGAGUGA